AUGACGACGAAACCAAAUCAACCAGACUCUGAUGUCGAAGCUGACUUCAAUGCUCGUGCGACUCAACUCGAAAAUUCCUUAACUGAACUAGAAACUUUCCUAUCCCGUCUUGAUUCUGUCUCCUAUUCCACUUUACACGAAAGUUUAACUCCAGUCGAUCAAGCACGAUUCGACCUCACAGCAGCUUACACAUUAAAUUCGUUAAUGUGGGCGUAUCUACGAACACGCGGCGUCGAUCCUAAACAAACGCAAUUGAAAAAUCGACAAACAGCUUCAAGAAUUGAUAAACAAGCAUCGACAAGAUUGAUGAGAAAUGCUCUUUGGCAACAAGCACAUGCGAAGAACAAAAAAGAUGAACAAUAA